AUGAGUGAUGUUGUGGAGAAAACACUGACGGCUCUUCCAAGCCUCCUCUCUCUGGACUCACAAACUGUAGCUACUAAACUCUCCUCCACGUCCAAACUCGGGGCCCUGAUCAGAGGAAUCACCGAACUCCGGUCUAAACAUGAAGAAGAAAAACUUAUUCAGCGUGAACUUGCUUCCCUCAAAGAUCAAGUGUCAUCCCCUCACACAUCUAUGAGACAAAUGAAAGAGGCUAUGGUUAGAGCCAUCUAUUGUGAAAUGCUUGGCUACGAAGCUUCAUUCAGUUACAUUCAUGCGAUAAAAUUAGCUCAACAAGGCAGUAUCUUGGAUAAAAGAGUUGGUUAUUUAGCUGUGUGCUUGUUUCUAAAAGAGAAUCAUGAGCUGCUUCUUCUUCUCGUGAACACUGUUCUUAAAGAUCUUCAGAGCACUAAUCUGAUUGAAGUGUGCAUGGCUCUGACAGUAGUCAGUCAGAUGUUUCCCAAAGACAUGAUUCCUGCAAUACUCCCUCUGGUGGAAGAGAAGCUAAAUCAUUCAAAAGAAAUUAUAAGACGAAAAGCUGUUCUUGCUUUGUACAAGUUCUAUGUAAUGGCACCAAAUCAGGUGCAACACAUCCACAACAAGUUUCGCAAGGCAUUAUGUGACAAAGACCCAGGAGUGAUGUUUGCCUCCCUUCACAUUUACCUACAGAUGAUCAAGGAUAAUCCUGAGGGUUAUAAGGACCUGACUGGCAGUUUUGUCACCAUCUUGAAGCAGGUGGUGAGUGGGAAAUUGCCCAUGGAUUUUAACUACCACACUGUCCCUGCCCCAUGGCUGCAAAUCCAGCUUCUAAGAAUUCUGUCCAUUCUUGGGAAGAAUGAUAAGCAUUCUAGUGAAAUCAUGUAUGAAGUAUUGGACGAGUCCUUGAAAAGAGCUGAAAUCAACCAUAAUAUAACUUAUGCAAUAUUAUAUGAAUGUGUGAAAUGCAUUUAUACAAUUUAUCCCAACUCUGAUCUCCAUGAAAAAGCUGCAAAAUGCAUUGGAAACUUUGUUAUUUCAUCAAAGAUUAAUUUGAAAUAUCUUGGAUUGAAAGCUCUAACUUUUGUCAUCCAGCAAGAUCCUAAACUGGCCCUGCAGCAUCAAAUGACCAUCAUCGAGUGUCUCGACCAUCCGGACAUACUUAUAAAGCGGGAGACCCUGGAGUUGCUUUUUCGGAUUACCAACGCCCAGAAUGUCACUGUUAUUGUUGAAAAAAUGUUAGAGUUUUUGCAUCAAAGCAAAGAUGAUUAUACGACUAUCGACCUGGUGGGAAAAGUUGCAGAAAUAGCAGAAAAAUAUGCGCCGGAGAAUAAAUGGUUCAUCGAAACCAUGAACACAGUCUUUUCUUUGGGUGGAGACAUGAUUCAGGCCGAUAUUCCCAACAGCUUCCUCAAACUGCUCUCUGAAGGAUUUGACAAUGAAGAAGAAAACAAGAAGUUGAGACUAUUUGCUGUUGAUUCUUAUGUUUCGUUGCUUGAAGGAGAAACUCGCAAACUACCUCAGCGGUUCCUGCAAGUUAUAGCAUGGGUACUCGGGGAAUAUUCUCAUUUAAGAACGGAUCUUGACCCAGCAAAAGUCAUGACCCUUCUUUCUAAACUACUCGACAUUAGACAAAUAAGCAGUGAAACAAAGACCUGGGUCCUCAUGGCAAUGACAAAGCUUUGCUCUGGAGAGGCCAGUAUUUCAAAAGCUCAAUCAGUUUGUGAGGAUUACAGAAGCUCUUCGGACACAGUGCUGAGACAGAGGGCUCAUGAACUGCAGCUGCUCAGUCAAGACCCCGCUCUGCGAGGCCAACUACUGCCCCUGCACAGAGGCUCUGAGACACUCGAGGUGGAUUUCUCUUUGUCGUUUUUGGAUGCAUUUGUGUCAGAGGCUUUAGCAGCUGGAGCUGCUCCAUACAAACCUCCCCAUCAAAGGCACGAGGAGCUUGCUCAGGAAAAGGCUCUGAGCCUGGAGCCCUAUGAGCUGUCUUUGCCCAUCAACAUGUCGUCCUACAGUGUGUCAGGCAGACAGUCUCCCACUCUCAUGUCCGGGAGCUCUGGUUUAUCAGGGGACAGCACCGAGCUCUCAGCCAAAGGAAGUUCGGCCACAUUGAAGCUGGAAGGGGUGAAGCGAGUGUGGGGAAAGGAAGGAUAUCUGUCAAAGGAGGAUCCCGUUGAAGAAGUCGCCCAGGUUGAAACGCUCAGUCCACUCAGUUCACCCAAUCAGCCUCCAGGUGCAGGCAGGACUCUGAGUAACGCAGCGGCACCCAGCGAAACCCCCGAACCUCAGCAGGAGAAACUGCAACUGGCUUCUUCUCUGUUUGUUGGCCUCAGCUUGCAAACGUCAGUGUGCCUGAUGGGACAGCCUGAGCCCACAGCACAAAGAUUUAGAAGGAAAGCCAAAACUCCAAACUCCUCUUCUUCAGCUCUACCUGAGAGAGUGUCUGUGGCCCCUGUUCCCACCUCCUCUGUAGACAACAUGCUUAGUCACGACCCACUAGAGGCGACCAGCAUGCUCCCCGAAGUUACUCAUGAGACCAUUUUGCCUCCCAACACCGAAGUCAACGCUCUCCUUAUAGACACUGCCAAUUCUUCCCCGAGUCCGAGUAAUGGUGUGGAAAUUCCUUUUGAAACCUCUGAAAAUGAAAUUGCCAAAACUCCCAAACAUGAGUGUCCUGUUCGAAGUCUCCCUCCAGAUCUCUUAGGACUGCCCCAUACCAAAAUCACCAGUCUGUGUUCGAGCCAGACCCUGGAUGUGUCUGCCUGUCAUGUGGAGAAAGACGAUAGUGUUUCGUUACUCAUUUUUACCUCAAACUUAUCAGACAGUGAUAUGGAGAACAUACAUUUCUCCUUCAGCACUGAACAGCUCCAGGUAUCAUUAUCGUCUGAGAGGCCGCUCCAUGAGAUUCUAAAGCACAGCAAUGCGGUGUGUGAAUACUCUCUGACCGUACACGCGCCUGCAAUUCAUUUUCAAAUGGUGGGAACGCUUUCCUAUGAGUCUUCAUCACAGAGUCGGGAAAUGGAGUUUUCAUACAAACUCCCUUUAAGUAGUUUUAUCAGGCCGUUGGUGAUAUCAACAGAGCAGUAUGGGACACAUUGGUUGGACUUCUCUAAUGACACAAAGCAGAACCUUGCACUGGUCUCUGAGGGGCAGGACCCUCUGACGGAUACACUGAAUAUACUGAAGAGGAAACUUGGUCUACAUGUUGUUGAAGUUAUUGGCUUAGAAGGUAUAGCGGCCUGCAGACUGGCCCAGGAUCAGCCCUGCCUGCUGCACUGUCGUGUUAACGCUGGGACACUGGCUGUUUGGCUGCGCUCCCCUGUCCCCAAGCUGCCGGACUGCCUCCUGUACCACUGUCAGAGGGUUUUAGAGGAGACCUAG